CAAAAAAAAACGCAAUUAGUUUUUGUUCUUGUUUUGUCGCUGCAUCAUCAAUUGUUUAUAUUUCUUCAAAAGUUACCCAAUAAGCAAUUGUAACAGUCAUGAACAACAAUAAGUGUUAAACAAUAACAAUGGCCAGCAAUAAACAAUUGCUCUGCACCAACUAAAUAACAAAAUAGUUAUGGAUAAAACAACACAAAAGUGAACUAAACCCUCAAAAAAGCAAGAGCAGAGCAUAAACAAUGGACGCGCCUCCGAAUCCAAUGGAUUUCAUGGACGAGUCAAUGGACUUGUUCAAGGCGGAGGAUGCCUUUGACAUGAUCAACGAGGUCCUGCACUCGGACAUACUGGAUAGCUUCCUCAAUGAAAUGGACCUGGAGCCGGCACACAUGUACAGCAACAUGCUACACAUGGAUAACCCGCAGAUGGACCAGUCGGCACAUGUGAAAAGCGAGCAUUCCUCCCCGUUCAUAUCCCCCGUUCACAUCAAGGAGGAGAUGCAGCAGCAGCAGCAGCAACCAUCCUUGCCCAUCUACAAGCCGGAUCCCCUAAUGGCCUCCAACUACAAUCUCUCCCCACAGCAGCACCAGCAGCAGCAACAACAACAGCAGCCGCUGCUGAAAUCCGCCCAGCCCACGGCAACUAUCCACCAUAAGGAUGCCCAACGGAUGCCUCCCAACACUCCGCUUUAUUCGCCCGCUUUGGCCAGUGGUUUUACCUACCAGGCUGCCUCCCCGCCCACGCCGCCGGCAGAGAAGUCACCACAGAAUGUGAAUGUCAUGCAACCGAUAGCACCUUCAACCCCUCUGACCCUGCCGCCACAGACACAGUCCUUCAUCAUGUACGCCCAGCCGCUGCCAACAAGUCCGGGAUUGUUAAGUGCUGCUACCCCAAUGCUGUUGGAAUCCAUGACGGAGCCAAAGAUGACAACUGUGGCCAGUCCUAAGACCUCACCGCCGAUGGCGUCGCCGCAUUCCAGCUCGGGCGGGAGUAGAGCCAGCAAGGUGCGAGUAGCACCGCUGGCCCCAUUGCCCAACGCUGCUCCAGAGGUACUUGGAAAGGUGCCCAUCACCCGGGCGCAACCUAAGGUCAAGGAGGUGAAGAGAUCCGCUCAUAACGCCAUCGAGCGGCGUUAUCGUACCUCCAUCAAUGACAAGAUCAAUGAGCUGAAAAACCUGGUGGUAGGAGAGCAGGCGAAGCUGAACAAGUCUGCAGUGCUCCGCAAGUCGAUCGACAAGAUCCGAGACCUGCAGCGCCAGACUCACGAAUUGAAGGCAGAGCUACAACACCUGCAGCGGCAGCUAAUGGCCCGCGACGGUUCCAAGGUCAAGGAUCUACUCCAGCUGGGCUCCCGGCCGGGCCGAAGCUCCAAAAAGCGUCGCGAGAGCUCACUGACCUCCGCCACCGAUGCCGGACUGACGCCGCCACGUAGCGACGUGUCGGAUCCCUCUCUAUCGCCCCUACACUCGGACAUCUCUUUGCCGCCGUCGCCUUAUGGUGGAUCCACCGCCAGCUGCAGCAGUGGCAGCAGCAGCAAGGACGAGCUACUGGUGGUGCCUAGUUCAAUGCGUGGCAUGGCAACGCACUCACGACUGGGCUUGUGUAUUUUUAUGUUUGCCAUUUUGGCAGUCAAUCCCUUUAAGACGUUCCUUCAGCGCGGACCGUUCGCCGGUAAUGGACUUAACGAUGACGACCUUGGCGAAUUGAGUGGCCAAAGGCGAAGCAUUCUUUCAUACGACGUGGAUGGAGGUGACGGCUUUUUUGGAUGGCAACAUAGCUCCUGGAUAUGGCUUCUGAACCUGACUCUGAUGCUUGGCUGCCUAGUGAAACUGCUGGUCUACGGCGAUCCGCAGUUGGAUCCCCAGACGGACGCUUACUGGCAACACAAACAACGCGCUGAAUCCCAUUUCGCUCAAGGACAGGCUGAUCAGGCUUAUACCGGCUACCUUAAUUGUCUGCACAUGUUUGGCUUGAGUCUGCCGUCAACGCGUUUAGAAUGCUACCUUCAGACCACCUGGCAGUUUUUGCGGUUCCUCUUCCAUCGCCUCUGGCUGGGACGGGUGCUGUCGCGGCGCACUGGUGGUCUUUUCUGUAAUGCUGCUAGCCGGAAACAGGCCCUGGCCUCGGCCCGGGAACUUGCGCUGCUCUUCAAUCGCUUAAAUCAACUUCAGCUAACCGGGAACGGAAGUCGUGGGGAUGGUAACGGUAUCAUGAUGGCUCUUUUUGCCAGCAACAUGGCUGAGGUCGCUCACAAUCUACUGACACCGCGCGAGACCAUCUGUAUCCAUGUGAUGGCCGCCCUAAGAAUGAAGCAAAGCGCACCGAAGUGGCUGAAACAGCUCUUUGCCCGUUACUACAUGAGCCGAGCACGCCAGGAAUGUGGUCGUACCCGGGCUGCUGAGCAGACGCAAGAGCUGCGAUGGGCCUUCAGCGCCUACGGAUAUCGCUACUGCAGCACCCAUGUCUUUAGAUAUGAUGUGAGUGACUCUGGCGAACAUGAUGGCUUCUUUACGCGCCUGCGCAACUCCUGCGAUCCCACUGCUCACGUUAUAAAGCAAUACCGCGAGCACCUGCUGUUUAAGGCCAUUCAGUGUUUGGUGGGUGCCGGCCACAAGUCUGGCGGCGUCCUGCCUACAGCCGCCACUUCUGCCGGAGUAGGAGAAGCGGAGCAACUGCAGCAACAACAGCAACAACACAGUGGCACUAUUGUUAGCAACGUGCUCAAGUACACCUCACUGUUAAGAGACACGCUGUGGGCGGAGGAGGAUGAACGCGACACUAAUGUGGUGUGGUGGGCUAACAUUCUCGAGAUUGCCGUGCACUGGCUCCUAGGGGAGGAUACGCUAGCGGAGCAGCUCUAUGACAAUAUUAAGCAAAUGCCUGUGCAACUGCAGCAGAGUAGCGAGCACGAUCAUCUGCCCAGUGCUUUGCAUGCUGUGCUCCGAGCUAAAAUGAUUCUACUUAUGAACAAUGGCAACAACCUGGAUAAACGCCUCAAGCAAUCUGUUAACACUUUGUGUGAUGCAUCGAGUGUCCAGCUACAGGAAUGCUUAACCGUAAACCGAAUCACUAAUGCCCGGGGCAUAAAGCUGCUGUUUCAGUUGCUCACAUGCGAAUGGCUGCUCGAAACACGGACUGCCUUGUGGGAACUUGAGCACAUGGAAGACAUGGAGGACGAUGAUGGUUACCGACAAGUGCCUGAGGAGGUUCUCGAAAAGGUUCAAACUGAUUUGAAUUCGUUGCGCAGCAUUGUGGAAAAUAUACCGAACGCCCAAUCGAGGAUAUAUCUAUACGAGGCCGUUUGUCGCCUGAUGGCUGGGGCCUCGCCCUGUCCCACGCAACAGCUGUUGGACCGGAGUCUACGCUCCCGCUAUGCCCACUCGUCCAUCUUUUGCGGCAGCAAGGAUCGCAGGCACCAAAACUUUGAGGGCGGGGAGCGAGAGCGGGCAGCGGCCAUGUACGUGGCUUGCAAAUAUCUGCCGCCCGCCCUGCUUAGCUCACCCGGCGAGCGUGCUGGCAUGCUGGCCGAAGCGGCCAAGACGCUUGAGAAGGUGGGCGACAAGCGCAAGCUGAAAGAGUGCUACCAGCUGAUGAAGUCGCUGGGCAGCGGAAUUGGCAGCGUCAAGGCAUAAGUAAUAUAAGCGAACAAACUUUGAAUUUCCCCUUCUUAUCAAGUAAAAGGCGUCUGUUCUGUAGGCCUUUCGUUAUUUAGUCUUUCAUUUGCCCCGCGACCCUUUUUAUGUUUAGAUUUUAAUUCAACAAAUAAUUUAAUAUGGAAAUAAUAUAAAAAUAUUUGUUUAUAAAUUUACCAAGCAAGGUUAAUCAUAUUUAUAACAAUAAAUAUUUAAACACUUACUGGAUGCGUGCAUGCACUUAAUUCAUUUAAUUGCUUAUCGCGGGAAUACCCUAUUAUUAUAAACGACAAAAUGUGCGCGCUUUCCACAAUAAAUAUAUUACAAUCCUUGUCAA